AUGCAUUAUACCCGUCGUUUAGUAGCUAUGAAUAAACAGACAAUUUAUACACUCUUUCUUCUCUCCAUGUGUGCAGCUCUAAAUCCCUCACAACUUGGCCGGCUCCUUCCAGAAGCAUUAAGGACGAAAUGCGUCAGGUGCUCGGAGAGACAGAAGAAGACAGCUGUGAAGAUUAUCAAGCGGCUGAAAUACGAGUAUCCUGAAGAAUGGGCGAAAUUAGCUUCAAAAUGGGAUCCGACAGGAGAUUUCACCAGAUAUUUCGAAGUGUAUCUGGCAAACGAACAAUUUAAUGCUAUCCCUAAUGGCAGCGUCGAGAUACCGUCCGCCUCGCCGCCGCCAGCACCUCCCACAUCUCCUCCAGUGACGUCACAAGAUUCCGUCACAGCACCAACUCCGCCUAGACCACUUCUACUCAACAGAUUCGGUGACGACGGAGAGCUAAUGGUGGGUAGUCCAUCAUCAGGAGUGGCUACUCAGCGCACAACUCUGCCGCCAAUGUGGUCCACCGUUCUACCUACAAGGGCAGCUAGACCUACACCAGUAAGCUGGGCGAUGGCUGGCCAAGACACGAUGACGAGACUACCGACGACAGAAGAGCCAUACUCCACCGCAAUCACCUUCAUUGACCAGAUUGGGAUUAAAAUCAUUAAGACAACAGAACUUGUUACUGACAUCUUAAAGAAUACCGUUCGAGCUGUCGUCGGUUGA